AUGGUCGGCCUUCACUUCCGGCCGAUGCGAGAGGCGGAGAGGGAGGUUGCUACUGCUGAAGCACCUCAUCUCCGUCGGGUGAUAUGGUACAAAGAUCCAGGCUUGAGGAAGCUAUAUGCUUUAACGAUGGCACUCUGCUUGGCUUCUGCCACGACGGGUUACGACGGGUCGAUGCUUAACGGCCUUCAGAUUUUGACUGUUUGGCAAGAUUACUUUCAUCAUCCGAGAGGAGCCUUGCUCGGCUUAUACGGAUCGAUCUACAGCAUUGGUAGUCUUGCUGGCCUGCCUUUUGCCCCUUAUAUCGCGGACUAUUUUGGCCGUCGGAUUGCAAUCAUUACCGGAUGCCUCCUCCUCUUCGUCGGAGUUGCCGUUCAAACGGCAUCCCAGAAUUUCUCCAUGUUCGUCGCAGCUAGGUUCUUCGUUGGGUUCGGUAAUAGCAUAUGCUCUAAUUCGGCGCCGCUUCUCCUCACCGAGCUUUGCCACCCGCAGCACCGAGGGAGGGUCACAACUGUGUACAACCAGCUCUGGGAUAUCGGUUCAAUCGCUGCAACUUGGAUAACCUUUGGCACGUUCAACAUCAAGAACAACUGGUCAUGGAGGAUCCCGUCCCUAUUCCAGGCCCUGCCCACCCUUCUGCUGUUCCUCUUCAUCUGGGUCGUCCCAGAGUCUCCACGUUGGCUCCUGUCAAAAGAGCGCGACUCCGAGGCGCUGGCGAUCCUGGCAAAAUACCACGCCAACGGGGACGAGACAAAUGCCGUUGUCCAGUUUGAGUUUCUGGAGAUUCGAGAGACGCUCCGUCUCGAGUACGAGUUCAAGAAGACUAGCGGUUUCCUGGAUUUCUUCCGAACAAAGGGAAACAGAUAUAGGCUCCUGCUGGUGAUUGUGCUCGGACUGUUCUCCCAGUGGAGUGGCAACGGACUGACGAGUUACUACUUUGCUUUGGUGAUGGACAGCAUCGGUGUCACUGACCCGAAGACCCAGUUUGAGAUUAAUGGGAGCAAGACGAUUCUCUCGUUGAUCGUCGGCCUCGCGGCAGCAGCUGUCGUUGAUAAAAUUGGUCGACGACCGCUCUUUUUCACGGCGACUUGUGGAAUGUUUGUGUCCUUUGUCCUCUGGACUGUCUGCUCGGCACUAUAUGACCUUCACCACAACCUCGUGGCUGGGAAGGUGGUUAUCUUUUUCAUCUUCCUUCACGGUGUCUUCUAUAACAUCGCCUGGUCUGGCCUGCUCGUCGGAUACACGGUAGAGAUUAUGCCGUACAAGCUGCGUGCAAAGGGUUUGAUGAUCAUGAAUUUCUUCGUUCAAGCCGCUUUGGUUUUCAACCAAUACAUCAACCCAAUCGGCCUGAAGAACUUGCACCCUCGAUGGCGCUUCUAUUCCAUCUACUGCGGCUGGCUCCUCUUCGACGUCAUCUUCGUGUGGAUCUUUUUCGUCGAAACACGUGGCCCCACUCUUGAAGAGAUUGCCAAGAUCUUCGACGGUGAGGAUGCCGAGGUCGCGCGUGUGGAUAUCGAUGACGACGAAGUUCUGCAGGAGAAGGUCAGAGCGGCGGCGGCAGAGGUCGAGCACGUUGGAGGGGAAGCAGGAAAGCGGGUUUAA